AUGAACCUCGCUCUCCAAGCAUCAACCAUCCUCCUCCUCCCUCUUGCCCUCGCACUCCCAACCCCAGAGGUACCAGAGGCCGUCGAAGAGCCAAGCGUCCCCGUCCCCGUCACCGAAGAGGCAUCCAUCUCAGCCCCAGCAGACGCUUGCCAACAACUCUGCCCUCCCGAAUGGUCACCCAUCUGCGCAAAGGACAGUGACAACCACAUCGUGAUCUUUUCCAAUCAAUGCCUUUUCAACAACGCGAACUGUGACAAGCACAGAUAUAUCCUGGGACGGAUGGAAGAGUGCUCUGAGGCAGGUGAGAAUACGCCGAUUCCGCCUAUGUUUCCUUCGGCGUUUAAGGGAUGA